AAGUAGAUUUUCUCUAGGCGACGGGACGCGGAAGGCGCUGAGGGGCGGAAGCGUCUUUUCCUUGAAGGCUGUCGUGCCGGGAUGAGCAGAGGGUGAGGCGUGCGGUUGGCCGGGCCUCGCAGCGAAGGACUCGAGAAAGCCGGGAGAAGAGGAGAGGCAGAGAAAGAGUAGAGAAGAGAGGAUCUGCUUCCGCCUCCCCGCAACAAGCCUUGCCGUUUCUGUCAGUCAGCAUCGCCUUGGCUUUCACCACAGGUUCUUUUGAAGGUCUGAGCAGAGUCUGUGUGAAGACAUCUUGUUCCCAGUGACUAAGGAUGUGAAAUUUGCAGCCGUUUGGAGUUUUCAGAUCUGUCACAAGAUAUGCCACUGCCUAAGGCCAAAGAGAAGCAAGUGUUCCCCUCUUGUCUCCAUAGAGAACCAAACUGGACAGUCUUUUUAAUCUUCAACUCUCGCAAUUAGCUAUGAAUCCUGAACCAGAUUUGGAUACUGAAGAACAAGGCUCUGAGGAUGACUCUGACACAGAAAAUAGUUCCGAUCCAGACACCCAGGCCCAGGAGUAUGUUGACCGUGUUCUUAGGUCUUCAGACCAGCCCAGUCAAGCAUCUAAGUGUCUGCCUCCUGAAUCUCUCUCAGUCGAAGAGGGAUCACAGGACGUGGAGAAGAAGUCUCUUCCUUUGGACCUAAAAAAGUCUCCUGUUACCGAUGAGGCAGCUUCAAGGCUAUUAUCUCUUCCUCUGGAGCUUAUCUUGAAAAUCUGUUCGUACCUUCAGGCCAGGUUUGUCUUGGGUGUCCUUCCUUUGGUCUGCAAGACACUAAGGGACAUUGUGCAGGAUGACAUCACUUGGAGAAUUCGUCUGCUAAAGAAGAUUGGCAGCUGCUAUCCAGUUGUGAAAGCAGAUGGUGACUUUAAUUGGCCAACCGCAUGCAUUGAGCUAGAGGAGCACCUCCAGAAAUGGGCAGAAAAUGGCAGAAAUAUAGACUACUUUUCCCUUACUGAGGGACACUUUGCCUCUGUUGACUCUGUGCUGCUCCUUCAGGGUGGAGAGCUAUGUGUGUCUGGUUCUCGGGACCGAAAUGUUGUAUUGUGGGACCUGAGACAGCUAGGCAGAGCACAUGAAAAGGUGCUGGUGAAGACACUGGGAACAGAGCGCAAUAGCACACAUAAGGGCUGGGUGUGGUCACUGGCUGCAAGAGAGGACCGUGUGUGUUCAGGCUCCUGGGACAGCACAGUGAAGCUGUGGGACAUGGCUGCGGAGGGGCAACAAUUUGAUGAAAUCAGUGCAACAGCAGCUGUGUUAUGCCUUGCUUACCUCCCUGACAUCCUGGUGACAGGAACCUAUGACAAGAAGGUGUCAGUAUAUGACCCACGAGCUGCUCAAGCCCUAGUGAAAAUGCGCAAGCUUCAUUCCAGUGCAGUCCUAUCCCUUGCAGCUGAUGAGCACUUCAUACUCUCUGGAAGUGAGGACCGGACACUCGUGUGUUUUGACAGGCGAACCAACAGUGUCCUGCAGAGGCUGCCGCUGGAUUCCUACCUCCUUGCCAUGUCAUAUCAUGGCAAUCAGCUGUGGGCUGGAGACAACUACGGGCUGGUGUAUGUCUUUGAGAACAAAGGAGGGGGCUUUCAGCGCAUCCGGCAUUUCAAUGUGGGCCAUCACUCCCAGAUCACUGGAGUCCAACAGUCGCUGGGAGCCCUGUACACAACUUCCACUGACAAGACGCUACGUGUACAUCUUCCCACAGACCCACCCAAAAUCAUUGGUUCACGGACACAUAAUUGUGUAUUAAACGGGAUCAGUGUUGCAGGAAACAUGGCAGUGGCUGCCUCUGGUGGUAUCUCUUUGGAAGUCUGGAGGUUCGGCAUGUGAUGAGAAACUUCACUUUGAUCCCCACUGAAAGUCAUGCGUCCCAGGUGAUCGCCCCUCGGAGUCUGAAGUGCCACUCCCUGCUGAGUUGUUGGUCUUUUGUUUUGCAUGUGUUGUGAAGUUAGGGGGAAGGGGUGAGUUUCAACUUGAAUUAGUCUCAUGUAAGUACACCACAGGCUUGGACAGAGUGGUGAGCCAGUGUCCAUCCCAGCCUCUUCCCUGGCAGUUCUCACAUCUUCUCAGUGGGUACACGGGCACACACAGAGGUUACACUCAUGCCAUCCUCUGUUCCCUUGGCCAAGCCUAACACACCUGUCUUCAGUGGCAUAGUGACUGAGAGCUGGUCAUUCAAAGAAAUGGGUAUGACAGUGGACAAGUGCCUCUGAGCCCAAGAUAUGUCAACCUGAGGAAGAGGAGUAGUGGGCAGAAGGAAGAGAGGGUGGUAAAAGUGCCUCUCACUAACCUGUUCUGAUAACUAUUUACAAUGUAAUUAAAGAUGUUCUACAAUGA